AACAAAUGUCAGUGCGAUGUGCUAUCAGCUGUAGAUCGGGGAAGUGUAUAGAAAAUUUCAUAUAAAAAAUUAUAAAAUAGUAAGAUAUAUUUAGUGAAACAAACUGAAUUUACGUUAGAAAACGAAUACAGAAUAUCUAGAUAAUGCAUGACAUGGAAAAAUUUGAAGAACACUUGAAAAAAGCUCUGCAAAAAUGGUUCAACAUCAGUCGGUAUUCAAUACGUUAUCAAUCCAAACAGUUGGCGCAAUGUGGUGACAUCGUGGUCAAAUUUAUUCCUCCAACGCCGACCGACGUGAGCUUUGAAACGCAAUCACUAAUUGAGGAAAGCAUCGAAUGGAACUUACCUCUGGAAACCAUAGAAAUCACCAAUUUAUCUGCUGAAUUGCAUCUCAAACGGGAAUCAGUGUUUCGUUAUUUCAUCACGAAUUGCAUUGAAGACAAUCUUCGGUUUCACAAUGAAGAGCUAAAUUACAUUGUUCUGAUUUCCGACACAGACGAACUAUGUCCCGAUAAUUUUACCAUGACUGACUUUAGGCUUUCCGUUGUUCAUGAAGUCGUUAAAAAUGUGUUAGGUUUUUGUGGAUUCAAAGUUUUGAAUCACCGUCCAACGGAAGAAGUACCGCAAGUCAUCAAUAUUGCCAGGAACCGUCGUAAAGGCAGUACCGGUAUUGAACUUCUGUGUGGACCUGUAACUUCUAAUGGUAUCAUCGCCGCGGAUUAUAUAAAGAAACGUGCCAACGAUAUGCAGUUAAUCGCCCAGCACAAGUAUGGCAUACGCGUUAGAGAUCACCAGCGGUUUCAAGAAACGAUCGCUAGCUUGGGCCGGUCGGCUGCCAUUGUCGAUAUGCUGGAAUCCAAAACAUCCAGUCCAAUUGAUAUGCGGAAGGAGAAAAAUCAAUCCAGUAAAGGUGCUGCAUUCAUUCUUUACAAUUAUGCUAGGAUAUCAGUUCUGUUUAAGACAUUCGCAGAAAAGCAGAAAACAGGUUACUAUCCAGAGCUACCCCCGUUAGAAAACGUUGAUUACAGUCUACUUAGCGAGGAGGACGAGUGGCACCUGUUCUGGGUCUACGUGGUGGGUUUCCCCGAAAUGCUGAAACAGGCCCUAGGCGAUGGACAAUUGACGCGUUUGUCCCCUCAUUUGGUGCUUGGAUUCACGUCGGGAUUGGUUAUUUGUCUCAGCAAAUAUUAUCGGCGAGUGCGGAUACUGACGGAAAAUCGGGAUCAUCUGCUGCCCACUAUGUACGCUAGGAUUUAUUUGUUAAAAUCAGUGUAUUAUAUUUUGUCUACAUUGUUAGACAUUCUGGAUCUUGAAGCCGUAACGCAAAUGUAGCGUUUUUGGCAUGGAA